CGGGACAGUUCGUGAGGCGGAAGUAAUGAAUCAAAUAUUAAAAUCAGAUUUUUGUUGUUGUUGUUUAGCUGUAAAGUAGCCGGAUUUUUAUAAACAUUCAACUUGUUGGGACAAAACUUUUUAGGUAGUAAAUUUGACAAAUAUUUUCACAGGUAGUUAAUAGAUUAAUUGUUGGCGCUACUGACAGGGACUGCAUUUGCUCUGCAUUUAUCAGACACCCUGAAUUCAUUCACUGUGUUGGUAGCUUGCAGAACUAUCAAACAAGACAGACGCUUUAUAAUUGAAGGAAAAUAUAUUUUUAGUCAAAUACAAAAUUUAUAACUCAUCACAUUGAAAGUUGCAUGAUGGCAGGGUUGCUUUAUACGCAAUAUUACUCAACACUGGGUAAAUUAAAACUGUUGAGGAAUAAUACUGCCCUGACAGUCCUGACUACCACUCAGCGCCAAUACAGCAUUAAUGAUGGAGCUGGAAUUGAGUAUUUGCACAAAAGUGUCGUCCCGACCAUGCACUACCAGAAGAGUUUACCAAGAUUACCAGUCCCCAAACUGGAGGAUACAAUACGGAGAUAUUUGGCAGCCCAAAUACCCCUGCUUAAUGAUGAACAGUACAGUAAUACAGAGAAAGUAGCACAUGACUUCCAGAAUGGUAUAGGCAAGCAGCUGCAUGAAGAACUUGUGGCCUUGGACAAGAACAACAAGCACACCAGCUAUAUCUCAGCUCCAUGGUUUGACAUGUACCUGUCUGCACGAGAGUCUGUUGUGCUUAACUUUAACCCCUUCAUGUCCUUUAAUCCUGACCCCAAACCUGAGUACAACAAUCAGCUUGUGCGGGCCACCAACAUGGUCUGCUCGGCUGUGCGGUUUAUGAAGACCCUGCGUGCUGGUCUGCUUGAGCCUGAGGUGUUUCACCUUAACCCUGCCAAGAGUGACACAGACAGUUUCAAGAAGCUGAUCCGAUGGGUGCCCUCCUCCAUCUCAUGGUUCGGAGCUUACAUGGUAAAUGCGUAUCCUCUGGAUAUGUCCCAAUACUUCCGCCUCUUCAACUCCACACGUAUACCAAAGUACAAUCGCGAUGAGCUCUUUACAGAUGAGAAGGGCCACCACCUGCUUGUGAUAAGACGAGGCAACCUGUAUGUGUUUGAUGCAUUGGAUCGGGAUGGUAACCUGGUAAAUCCUGCUGAGAUUCAAGCUCACCUUAAAUACAUCCUAACAGACCCUACACCUGCUCCUGCAUUUCCUUUGGGUGUUCUGACUAGUGAGAACAGAAACACAUGGGCAGGGUUAAGACAGAAGCUUCUGGAUUCUGGAAAUGGUGAAGCUCUGAAUUUAGUAGACACUGCUCUGUUUUGCCUCUGCCUGGAUGAGGAGGACAUGAGAGACCAUAUCCACAUCUCCCACAACAUGCUUCAUGGGGAUGGCUGCAACCGCUGGUAUGACAAGUCCUUCAGUAUCAUCUUGGCUAAGGAUGGGCAGGCGGCCAUCAACUUUGAGCACUCCUGGGGUGAUGGCGUGGCCGUCCUACGUUUCCAGAAUGAGGUCUUCAAGGACACCACAGAGAAGCCUCUGGUUGGCCCUGGUUCUCCACCAGCAUCUGUGGACUCUGCCUCUGCAGUUCAGCAAUUAGAGUUCAAACUCAAUGCGGAGUUAAAAGCUGGAAUCACAAAGGCCAAAGAGAACUUCCAUGCCGCGGUGUCAAAGCUCACCAUUGAUGCUAUGGAGUUCAAGAAAGGUGGAAAGGUGCAACUUAAGAAAAAUAAGCUAAGCCCAGAUGCCAUUGCCCAACUGGCUUUCCAGAUGGGCUUCCUACGGCAGUACGGGCAGACUGUUGCCACAUAUGAGUCCUGCAGCACUGCAGCCUUUAAACACGGUCGCACGGAAACUAUACGUCCUGCUAGCAUUCACACAAAAUGCUGUGCCAAGGCCUUCGUCCAGCAGCCUGGACAGCACACAGUUGAACAGUUACAAGGGCUGCUGAAUGAAUGCUCCAAAUACCACAGCCAGCUCACUAAAGAGGCAGCCAUGGGUCAAGGGUUUGAUCGGCAUCUUUUUGCCAUGCGCAACCUGGCUAAUUCUAAAGGAAUGGCACUGCCUAGUCUGUACCUGGACUCAGCCUAUGCCACCAUAAACCACAAUAUCUUGUCCACCAGUACUCUCACUAGCCCUGCAGUCAGUCUUGGCGGAUUCGCUCCUGUGGUACCUGAUGGUUUCGGAGUGGGCUAUGGUGUCCAUGAUGAAUGGAUUGGGUGCAAUGUGUCCAGCUACCCUUCCAGAAAUGUUCAUGAAUUCCUUAAGUGUGUUCACAAGUCCUUGGAAGACAUUUUUACAGUCCUCGAUGGAAAGCCCAUUCAUUAAAAGAUCACUUAAUCUGUUGAAGAAGUCUAUUAGAGCACUGGGCAUUUUCAAAUUGUCUGGAUUCAGAACAUCUAUGUUUUGUGUUUUUCUGUUAUCAGACAAUGACUUAUUGUAUGUCAUUGUUAUCUUUAAAAGUUGACUGUAGAACUAAUGAGCUUUAUACUUUGUGGAUAGCAAACGUGUGAUGCUUAAGAAACUGAUCAAUAAGCAAAAAAUAUCAGUGGUUAAUGUUAGAUAAUGCUUAGAUAAAGCUAGAUAAUGUUUAAAAAUGCAAGUGUAUUAAAAAAUGUAUAGCAAAUCUACUGUAUUUGGACUUUUGCAAUACAAUUUUUCCAGGUUAAACCAUCCCCUUUAUUAAUUUAGAGAUGAGUUUUAGUGUCACUGUAGAGGUAUGUCAAUCAUCUACACUCUUGACAGAAACCAAGCACUGUCUCCUAAAUGCUCCUUUCACCUAUCAAUGUACUUAUUUAGGACAUUGGAUUUUUCACUUCAAGAUGAAGUAACUUGUUAAUUUUUAUCCAAAUGUAUCUCUGCAUCAUACACAACUGAAGUACAUAUAAAUGAAGCGUUCACAAAUGCUUGUAAAUGAAUUUACAUUAAAUAACUAACAUAGAUCUUUGCUGUAAUACCACAAAAAUUCAUUUUUUUCUGUGCCUUAAGAGAUGUGAGAACAUAAAGGAAUAAAAAAAGAGAAGAGAGAUGUUUGUCAUAUGAAAAUGUAUCUGAUGGUAAAUAUUGUCUGUAACAAAGCUGAAUAAACAUUUUCAUUGGUUGACAUAGUUCAGCCACAAAUGAACAUAUUUGUGAGCAUCACAUGCCUAUUGUGUACAACCUUCUGUUUUUGACCUCCACGUACAAAGUGCAUAAGCACAAACAUCAGUACUACCAAUACAGGGAUAGUUCACCCAAAAAUUAAAAUUCUCCCAUUUACUCACCCUCAUGCCAUCCCAGAUGUAUGACUGAACACAAACGUUUUUUUAGCAGAAUAUCUCAGCUCUGUAGGUCCUCAUAAUGCAAGUGAAAAGGUACCAAAAUUUUGAAGCUCCAAAAAGUACAUAAAAGCUGCAUUAAAGUAAUCCAUAAGACUCCAAUGGUUAAAACUAUUGCAGAGUUAGGAAUUGCAUACUACCACACUACUCUUGCUAUUUCUGCCAUAGACAGAUGUGGCAGAAGUAGUACGAGUAGUAUGCAAUUCAGAACUCAGCCUAUAUCUUCAGAAGCACUGAUGGGAGUGGGUGAGUAACAAACCAACUUUUAAGUCAUUUUCUAAUAUAAAUUCUCCUCCCUGCCCAAUAGGUGGCAAUCUGCACAAAGAAUGAAUUUUCAAAAACAGAAGAAUGUGAAAGUGGAGAUUGAUAGUAAAAAAGGACUUACACUGAUGGUUAAAAGUUUGGAAUAAUGUACAGAUUUUGCUCUUAUGGAAAGAAAUUGGUACUUUUAUUCACCAAAGUGGCAUUCAGCUGAUCACAAUUGUAUAGUCAGGACAUUAAUAACAUGAAAAAUUACUAUUACAAAUUGAAAAAAAUAAAUCAUUUUUUAUAUAUAUAUAUAGUGUGUGUUCAGAACUUGUUAAACUACUUCAAAGAGUUCUCAUUAAAAAAUCCUCCUGUGCAGCAAUGACAGUUUUGCAGAUCCUUGGCAUUCUAGCUGUCAGUUUGUCCAGAUACUCAGGUGACAUUUCACCUCACACUUCUGUAACACUUGCCAUAGAUGUGGCUGUCUUGUCGGGCACUUCUCACGCACCUUACAGUCUAGCUGAUCCCACAAAAGCUCAAUGGGGUUAAGAUCCAUAACACACUUUUCCAAUUAUCUGUUGUUCAAUGUCAGAAUCAGAAUAUGCUUUAUUGCCAAGUAUGCUUAAACAUACAAGGAAUUUGUCUUGGUGACAGGAGCUUCCAGUGUACAACAAUACAAAUACAGCAGCAAGACAUAGAUAAUAAUAAAAAAUAAUUAUACACAUACAUACACACACAGACAUACAUACAUACGUAGUGCAAAUCUAAUACAAAUCUGUUAUCUGUUAUGUACAUAGCAUUUUUUUUUUCUUCAGAGGAAUGAAAUGGCAGAAGAGGUUGGAUAAAUAUAAAAAAGACUAAAUUGUGUAUUGCACAUAGUUAUUGCUCAAUGGGGCAAUUUAACUGUUCAUGAGAUGGAUAGCCUGAGGGAAAAAAAACUGUUCCUGUGCCUGAUGGUUCUGGUGCUCAGAGCUCUGAAGCUUCGACCAGAGGGCAACGGUUCAAAAAAGGUAAUGGGUAGGGUGAGUGAGUAACUGUUUCUUUGCCCACUCUAACCUUUUCUUUUUCUGUUUCAAAAGUGGCUUUUUCAAUGCUUCCCAUAUGGCCUGCACCCCUGAGUCUUCUCUUUGCUGUUGUACAUGAAACUGGUGUUGAGCAGGUAGAAUUCAAUGAGGCCGUCAGCUGAGGACAUGCGAGGCAUUUAUUUCUCAAACUAGAGACUCUGAUGUCCUUAUCCUCUUGUUUAGUUGUACAUCUGGCCUACCACAUCUCUUUCUGUCCUUGUUAGAGCCAGUUGUCCUUUGUCUUUGAAGACUGUUGUGUACACCUUUGUAUGAGAUCUUCAGUUUUUGGGCAAUUUCAAGCAUUGUAUAGCCUUCAUUCCUCAAAACAAUGACUGAUGAGUUUCUAGAGAAAGCUGUUUCUUUUUUGCCAUUUUUGACCUAAUAUUAAGACAUGCCAGUCUAUUGCAUAUUGUGACAACUCAGAACAAACACAAAGACAAUGUUAAGCUUCAUUUAACGAACCAAACAGCUUUCAGCUGUGUUUGAUAUAAUGGCAAGUGAUUUUCUUGCACCAAAUUAGCAAUUUAACAUGAUUACUCAAGGAUAAGGUGUUGGAGUGAUGGCUGCUGGAAAUGGGGCCUGUCUAGAUUUGAUCAAAAAUGACUUUUUUCAAAUAGUGAUGGUGCUGUUUUUUUACAUCAGUAAUGUCCUGACUAUACUUUGUGAUCAGUUGAAUGCCACUUUGGUGAAUUAAAGUAACAAUUUUCUUCCAAAACAGCAAAAUCUGUACAUUAUUCCAAACGUUUGGCCACCAGUUUAUCUGUUUCUCACCCACACCUAUCAUAUCACUUCUGAAGAUAUGCAUUUAACAACUGGAGUCUUAUGGAUUUUUAUGCUACCUUUAUGUGCUUUUUGGACCUUCAAAAUGUUGGUACCCAUUCACUUGCAUUGAACCUACAGAGCUGAAAUAUUCUUAAAAUCUUCAUUUGUGUUCAGCAGUAGAAAGAAAGUCACAGACAUCUAGGAU